UCCAGCCUUGCCCCCGGACACCCUGGCCUGCGGCGUGCGUGACGCCAUGCGCCCUCUGCUCCUGUUGUAUCUGCUGCCCUGUGUCUCCGGGCUGCCCUUCUACAACGGCUUCUACUACUCAGCCCGACGGCUGGAACUGGGCAACGGCCACGGCGAAGGUGGGCGGCCUCCUGGAUCUGGCUCUGGGCUCCACUGGGUGACCGAGACCUCUCCUGGCUCCUGCUGUGAUAUGCAGGUAUUUGGGGAAGAAUCAUGGAUGACAGGUGGACAGACAGCGAAGGACAAGCUGUGCUCUUCCGUGGUCAGCGUGACGCCUGAGGAGACCCUGUUCUCCUACCGAGGGGCCAAUGUGACCCUGCCGUGCCACUACCACUACGAGCCGGCCCUGCUGUCCCCGAGGCCCGUGCGCAUCAUGUGGAAGCUGUCAGAGAACGCCCCGGAGCAGGAUGUGCUGGUGGCCAUCGGGCUGAGGCACCGCUCCUUCGGAGACUACCGAGGCCGGGUGUGUCUGCGGCAGGACAGGGAGCGCGAAGUGUCGCUGCAGAUCGGGGACUUGCGGCCAGAGGACUACGGGCGUUACCGCUGUGAGGUCAUUGACGUGGAGGACGAGAGCGGCCUGGUGGAGCUGGAGCUGCGGGGUGUGGUCUUUCCCUACCAGCACCCCCAGGGCCGCUACCUGCUCAACUUCCGCGAGGCCCAGCGGGCGUGUGAGGAGCAGGACGCGGUGGUGGCCUCCUUCGAGCAGUUAUUCCGGGCCUGGGAGGAGGGCCUGGACUGGUGUAACGCGGGCUGGCUGCAGGACGCCUCGGUGCAGUACCCCGUCACGCUGGCCCGCAGCCCUGCGGUGGCCUGGGCCUGGCGCCCGGGUGCGCAGCUACGGCCCCGUCACCGCCGCCUGCACCGCUAUGACGUGUUCUGCUUCUCCGCUGCCCUCAAGGGGCAGGUGUACUACCUGGACCACCCUGAGAAGCUGACGCUGGCCGAGGAGGAGGCCUGCCAGGAAGAUGGCGCCCAGAUUGCCAAGGUGGGCCAGCUCUUUGCCGCCUGGAAGUUCCGUGGCCUGGACCGCUGUGAUGCCGGCUGGCUGGCAGAUGGCAGCGCCCGCUACCCUGUGGUUCACCCGCGUCCCAACUGCGGGCCCCUGGAGCCUGGCGUCCGAAGCUUCGGCUUCCCAGACCCGCGCAGCCGCAGGUACGGCGUUUACUGCUACCGCCCACGCUAGUCCCCGCGCACCUGCUGUCCGCACGGCCCGCACCCUCCCCUCUCAGGCUCUAUUUAUUGAGUGGUUCCUUGUUCCUUGCAGGUUGGGGCCGUUUUUGUAUUGCUUUUAUACUUCUCA